AUGUCGCUUCGGAGCCGGCCAUUCACCAAGCUGCCUGAGGGCACAACAAAAUCCAGCAAGAUGACAAUCAACAUUGCUGGCUUUCACGUGUAUAUAUACGGGGUUGACGAGCUAUCCCCGCAACAGGCGGAAGAUACAGUGGUUCUUUUCCAUGUGCAUGGCCGGACAAGGAGCUAUGCAGAUGCUGAACUGUUCGCCCACCAGUUUCUUUUCCAGUUGAAGCAAAUGAAAAAUCUGGCUAAAGGCUUCGUGGUGGCAACUUUUGACAGUCGCAACCAUGGAGAAAGAGCGGCAUGGCCCCCCACGCGUUUAACGACUAUUCUGAGAGUCACUUCUAACCGUCAUGCUACAGAUCGACUCACUAGCUACGACUGGAACGGAGGAAACCCGAAGCACGCACAGGACAUGCUUGCCAUGAUAGAUGGCAAUGUGUUCGACAUUCAAGCCGUGAUGAAGUAUCUCAAAGUUUACACAGGAGAUCGGUUCACACCAACCGAGUUUGUUAUGUCAGGACUAUCACUUGGUGGUCACACUGCAUGGGACAUACUCUCUAAGGUGGAAGGGAUCCAAGCCGCCAUUAUUAUCGUGGGCUCCCCCAAUUUGACGGACUUGCUCACCGAACGGCUUGGCGAUGCAGCAGACAGCGAAGAUGGCACUGGCUUAACGAAGUGGCCCAAGUCGAUUUCGGCAAUGUACAAGGCUCGAGACCAAAGCCUUGAGCAGAUCAAUGGCAAACGCAUAUUGAUUUUGAAUGGCGCCCUUGAUAUGCUUGUUCCAAACAAGUUCACUCUGCCCUGGGUUGAGAGGAAUGCCAGUCAGAAUGAUGUCUCCUUCAACGUUUUCGAGAAUACUGGGCAUUGGCUGUCAUUUGAGAUGAUGGAUACUAUUGUCGAGUGGGUUUCACAGAAGAUCGCAUAG